AGCAGAAUAGCAUCACAAGGCUGUAAGGGAAGAUCAACUUCAAAGAACAUUAGAGACCUACUAAGCUCAUUAAUAAACAUUUCUGGAAUCAACAACAUGGCUAACAACAGCUUCUCACCAAAUACUGCUUCCUUUCCGAGCACAGUUACAAACAGCUCACUGACAAACACUUCUACAGUAUUUAACUUGAGCUUAAGCAUCAAUCAAACUUUUAAUCCAGCUUUGGCCAAUGCCAGCUCUCCGCAGUUUGCAUCAACAGCAACAGCUAUGAAAAACAAGAUUGAACCAAUUGUGAGGAAAUCCUUCAAGAACGUAGAUCAUAUUGUAAUUGUUCGAUUCUCGAAUGGUUCUAUAGUGGUCCAUUUCAGCAUUGAAUUCAACAACAAUGAUGUCAUCCCAACUAACACCACUUUAAAAGGCACACUUGUUAAUGCGAGUAUUGCCAACACAAGCUUGAACAUUAUUCCAACUUCUAUAAACGUCAUCCAGGUUUCUGCUAUGAAUACCUCUUUUGUAAACACAACUUCAACCCCAAGUGCACCUACAAACAAAUCAGUUUCCAACACAAGUUCAUCCACCAUCACAGCCACAAACAGCUCUUCAUCUUCAACCUCAACCACAAACACAUCCUCAACCCCAAAAACAUCUACAAACACCUCUUCAACAAACACAACUUCAAGCCAGAGCACCAACACAACCUCGACCCCAAAAACAUCUACAAACAGCUCAUUGACAAACACAACUUCAACACCAAAAACAUCUACGAACACCUCUUCAACAAACACAACUUUAACCCAGAGCACCAACACAUCCUCAACCCCAAAAAUAUCUACGAACACCUCUUCAACAAACACAUCCUCAACCCCAAAAACAUCUACGAACACCUCUUCAACAAACACAACUUCAAACCAGAGCACCAACACAUCCUCGACCCCAAAAACAUCAACAAACAGCUCAUCGACCAACACAUCAUCAAAACCGAGCACAGCUACAAACAGCUCAUCAACAAACACAUCUUCAACCCCAACAACAUCUACAAACAGCUCAGUGACAAAUGCUCCUGCAGUAGCUGCAGUAUUUAACCUGACCAUAAGCAUUAAUGAUACCUUUACUCCAGCUCUGGCCAACACCAGCUCUCCGCAGUUUGCAUUGUUAGCUAGCGCUGUCAAAGAAAUGUUUGAACCAAUGUUAGGCAAAAUCUUCGACAACUUUGCUGGGAUUCAAAUUCUUGGAUUCUCGAAUGGUUCUAUUAUAGUUAACUUUAGCAUUGAAUUCAACAACAAUGACCUCAUCCCAACUAACAGCACUCAUGCCUACAAACACCUCAUCAACAAACACAUCGUCGACUCCAAAAUCAUCUACAAACAGCUCAUUGACAAACACAUCUUCAACAAACACAUCUUCAACCCCAAAAACAUCUACAAACAGUUCAUCAACAAACACAUCUUCCACUCCGAGCACAUCUACAAACAGCACAUCGACAAACACUUCUUCAAAACCAAGUACAGCUACAAACAGCACAUCGACAAACACUUCUUCAUCCGUGAGCACCGGUACAAACAGCUCAUUGACAAACAUAUCCUCAACCCCAAAAACAUCUACGAACACUUCUUCCACAAACACAACUUUAACCGCGAGCACAGCUACAAACAUCUCAUCCACCAACACAUCUUCGAUUCCAAAAACAUCUACAAACAGCUCAUCCACAAAUACAUCUUCAAUCCCAAAAACGUCUACAAACACAUCUUCGACAAACACAUCUUCGUCCCCGAGCAUGCCUACAAACAGCUCAACCACAAACACAACUUCAACACCAAAAAUGUCUACAAACACAUCUUUAACAAAUACCUCCUCAACUUCAAAAACGUCAACAAACAGCUCAUCGACGAACGCGUCUUCAUCCGUGAGCACAGGUACAAACAGCUCAUUGACAAACACAUCCUCAACCCCAAAAACAUCUACGAACACCUCUUCAACAAACACAACUUUAACCCAGAGCACCAACACAUCCUCAACUCCAAAAACAUCUACGAACACCUCUUCAACAAACACAACUUUAAACCAGAGCACCAACACAUCCUCGACCCCAAAAACAUCAACAAACAGCUCAUCGACCAACACAUCAUCAAAACCGAGCACAGCUACAAACAGCUCAUCAACAAACACGUCUUCAACCCCAACAACAUCUACAAACAGCUCAGUGACAAAUGCUCCUGCAGUAGCUGCAGUAUUUAA